CUGACUGGCCCUUGUUGCAGGAACCCCAACCAGGCGAGCGCGGCGCAGCAGGACCGAGAGGCCAAGGAGCGGUCCAAGCAGCGCGGCGUCGUCAGCUGGGAGGAGUACGACGCCGGCCACCAGAAGUACCUCGAGAUCGGCCUCAAGCCGCGCAUGAAGAACCACUUCCGGGCGCACAAGAUGUCCAUAUGGCUGCGGCUGAUCCCGGAGCUGCACCGCGCGGGCCAGGAGGACGUGGUGGCGCGCCACAACCUCUUCCGCAACCACAACGAGUCCUCGCUGUACGACGGCAUCGUGCGUCCGGACCCGCUGGGCCGCGCGUACGGCUUCGGCCCGCUGGCCGGGCUGGACGCCACCGACGACACAGGUCUUUUGGGCGCCAGGCACGGCAACGCCACGCCACGCCUGAGCGACGUCUUCCUCCCCGUGACCAUGCCCACGUGCCUCAACAUCACGGGCUCCUACCACUCGUUCGGCAACGGCACGGGCGCGGCGGCCGGGGGAGGCGCGGGCGGCCACGGCGGCCACGGCGGCCACGGCAACGCCAUCGGCGGGGACAUGCUGGAGCCCGAGGGGCUGGCGGCCUACUCCACCGCGCUUGGGGUCACGCUCGCCAUCGGCUGCUCCCUACUCGUCCUCAACGUCCUUAUCUUCGCCGGCGUCUUCUACCAGCGGGACCGCACUAGACUGCAGGUGAAGAGCCUCAAGCAGCAGCAGAGGAUACGCGGCGCGUGCGAGGACCUGGCCGGCGGCGGGAGCAGCGCCGAGAAGCAGUUCCCGCACCUCCGGCACUCGUUCUCGUCCAGCGUCAUCGUGGACAUGGAGCGCGAGAAGACGGCGUGCGGGGCGCAGCAGCAGCAGCAGCCGACACUGGCCUACUGCCCGCAGGUGCUGCACUGCGACAAAUCGCCCGUGUCCAGCAUGAAGUCGUCCAAGAGCGGCGGCGGCCUGUCGUCCGGGCUGGCCGUGUACACGGGACAGCCGCCCAACUACUCGGCCUACCUGCACCACGAGUACCCGGGGCCGGCGGGCGGUGCGGACGGGCCCGAGGGCGCCAUGAUCCUCAGGCACUCGUUCCACGCGGGCAGCACCUUCCGGGACGGGCCGAGCAGGGGCACGGCCACCCUGCCCAGGAACAUGGGCGUGCUGGGCAAGGCCCAGGAGGGCGUGACCCUGGGGCCCGCCGCCAUGGGCUCGACCAUGGGCACGUCUAUGGGCACCUCCAUGGGCACCUCCAUGAACCCGACGCCCAACGGAUGCGCGGGCGCGCAGCUGCACCAUACGCUGCCCCGCCCGCCACCGCCGCCGCGGGUGAACAGUAGAGCCAGUGACCACGGAGACGCUCAGAGGGACCUAAGGUUGCCGCAGGCAGCCCUCAGUGAGAUGCGGGUGUGAGUGCUCGGCGCCUGCAGGCUGAAUCAUUUAAGAUACUUUUGGAUAAUUUUUUUUUCAAUGUUUGUCUAGAUUUAUGUUGUUGUUGAUCGGCAGGGUAAAGCCUGUUCGAAGUGUCCUGUAUUGUGAACCUUUUUUUGAGGACGGACUUAAUUGCUACGAGGACGACGAUUUGCUUUCUUCUUCGACGUGAUGUGGUGUUUACGAUGACUCAUCCAAGAUGAGGCUGAUCAAUUGAAACCUGUAUACCUGCGAUGUACAACAAUACUCUCCGUCAGAUUAUGUGUUGUGUGCAGUAGCACAGUGGACUGGUCUGGCAGUCAGAAAGUAAAUGAUUUUUUAGAAAAAAGGAUAUUGUGCCAAAUAGCAUGAGUACUGUGACCUCUGCACACUGCUGUCACUGCCAUAAUAAAUUUGAUUGUCAAACCUCAGCAGAUCUAUGUCAGAAACUCGAGUUGUAAAGUGGAACAAGAAUUUGUUUACCUGACAGUUUUAUUCUAUUAUUUUUAACAGUAUAUUUAUGUAUCAUAGACUGAUCAGCUAUGUUCUAUUUUUGUACACAAGGAAACUGACUUCUACAAUGUUUAACUCAUUCUGGUGUCUUUCACUGUAGCAGUUUGUUCUUUGUGUGCAGGAUGGUUUAGUUAAUUUUUACAGACAAGAGAGAAAGAAUUACAAUGCUCACAUUUUCACAACUGUAAACAUUACCCUCUACUCUUCUAAACUAUCAUGUACGUAUAUGCGCUGAUGUGUGAAUUGAAGUUUGUUUUAUAUACUGAUGAAAGGAAACUGACUUAAGAUGUAGAUAUUUAAAAACAAAAGUUAAACUUUUCCAGUAGAUUGGAUGAGAAAUGGGUAUGAAUUGAGUUAUUUCUAAUAAAAGUUUAUCCCUGAUUCA